UAAUUAUUCUGAUAAAGCAAAAAGUUUAAUGAAUGAAUUAAUUAAUCAAACUAAUAAGGAAGAUAUUCAACAAUUGUUUAAAGCUUUAGAAAAAUUAAAUGAACCAAAAAUACAAAAUAGGAUUUCAUUUUAUAAAACUCCUUGGACUUUAAAUUCUACUCCAUUUGAUACCAAUAUUGCUGAAUUUGCACAUGCAUCAGUAAACAAAGAAGAAACAAAAUUAAAACUUAGAGUAGCAAUUAUAAA